AUGUACAUCAAGAAAAUCACGAUCCAGGGGUUCAAAACCUACAGAAACACCACAAUCAUCGAGGAUCUCUCCCCCAGUCUCAAUGUUGUAGUUGGUCGCAACGGUCUGGGAAAAUCAAACUUCUUUUCGGCCAUUCGAUUCGUCUUAUCGGAUGCCUACACUCAUAUGACAAGAGAAGAGCGCCAGGGUCUCAUCCAUGAAGGUUCUGAUACGGUUUUAUCCGCGUAUGUAGAAAUUAUCUUCGACAAUAGUGAUCGUCGUUUUCCGAUCCAGAAAGAUGAAGUUGUGGUGCGUAGAACCAUCGGUCUUAAGAAGGAUGAUUACGCGCUAGAUGGGCGUUCUGUGACGCGUUCCGACGUGAUGAAUCUAUUAGAAAGUGCGGGCUUCUCCCGUCUGAAUCCAUACUAUAUAGUUCCGCAGGGAAAAAUCACUGCUUUGACAAACUCUAAGGAUGCGGAAAGACUACAGCUCUUGAAAGAGGUGAGCGGAGCCAAAAUGUUUGAAACAAAGCUCCGAGAGUCGGGAAAGGAAAUGACCACCUCGCAGUAUAAAAUGGAGCGGAUUGACGAGUCGAUGCUGAAGUUGGCCGAAAAGUUGUCCGACUUACAGAUGGAGCUGAACGACUUGACGCACUUUCAAAAGCUUGACCGUCAACGUAAAGUGUUUGAAUUCAAUAUCUUUGACCGUGAACUCAAUGCUAUCAAUACCCAAGUCGAGCUGAAAGAAUUGGAGUAUGAGGAAUUGGUAGAUGCAUCAAAGAAAGAUCUUGCGGACUUGGAGAAGCGUGAGACCCUUUGCCAAAAACUCCAGGCCAAUAUUGAUGAAGUUCAGUCUGCCUUGGGCUUGGCGACACUUGAAAAACAGCAGAGUCUAGCCGAGUAUACCCAAUUGUCUGAAGGUCUUGCAACUAAGAGGCUGCUCGAGCAUGAGUUAGGCAGGGCUGUGACUUCGGCCUCGGAGUCUGCAGUUGACGCUACUAACAGAACCGCUGCCGUGAAGGAACUCAUUCUGCAGAACGAAACAAAACUCUCUGAGUGUCACUCUUCUUUGCAAGAGAAGCGCGAGUCUGAACAAGAUCUCAAAACGAAACUCGCCGAGCUUCUUGCCAUACAACGCUCCAUUUAUUCCAAGCAGGCCUUGUUCCUGGAGUUCACAACGAAGUCACAAAGAGAUGCAUGGUUGAGCGACGAAAUUGCUCAUUUGAAGAAGGAUGUAUCAGCUAGACUGACUCAACUUGAAGAUACCAAUGACAUGCUCAAAGUCAAUUUGAAUAAGUCGGUUGAACUUCAAGUUGAGGUAGAUAAACUCUCAGAGGCACUCGAAGAGCCUCAGAAUGGCACAGACCUUGUCCAAUUGGAGAAGAAUGUUCGACUUGCAAAAGCAAACCAUUCCAAGCUUCUUGAUCAGCGGAAAACUAAAUGGAGACAAGAGAUCAGACUAAAAGCCCUUCUUGACCUGACUGAGCAUGAUCUCAACAACAUCAAUCACAAAGUGGUUCAAACAAUGGACCGUCUAUUGGCGAAAGCCUUGGAUGCCGUGAACCAAAUAGCUGAAAGAUUGAACCUACAAGAUUCAGUCCAUGGACCGCUCGUGGAUCUAUUUUCAGUUUCGGACAAAUACAAAACUGCGGUGGAAGUUGUUGCUGGAAAUUCAUUGUUUCAUGUUGUUGUUGACGCUGAUGAAACAGCUCUGAUCAUAAUGAAUGAGCUCACGAGAAUGAAAGCUGGUAGAAUCACUUUGAUUCCCUUAAACAGAAUCGAAGCCGAUCCCAUCGAUUUUCCUAUGCAAGAGGAGCACGAAUUCAUCCCUCUUAUCAAGAAAUUGAAGUAUCCAGAGUAUGUUAGUGCUGCGAUUCAGCAAGUAUUUGGAAGAACAAUUGUUUGCAAUAGUCUACAAAGAGGGUUUGAAUUGUCCCGUCAACAUGGACUCAAUGCAAUUACACUUGAUGGCGAUCGUGCUGAUACUCGAGGUUUGAUAAGUGGAGGUUACAGACGGUUCAAGCACUCAAGACUUGAUGUUUUGAAAUCGCAAGCCCGAAAGAGAUUGGAGCUCAGUAAAAUUACGAAUGAUUUACAGGAGUGUAUCGCCUCCAUCAAUCAAUUGUCUGCUGAGAUUCAAGUUGCCACAGAAGCAUUAGAUAAUGCUAGUCAUGAUCUAGAAGAUCAGCGGAAUUCCCAAGAGCCGCAAAAACUCGCAUACGCUCGUGCAGUGAACGAAAAAACUGCUCUUGAAAAAAGUAUUAGAGUGCUUCAAAAGAACCGCGACAAUGCCAAAAGUGUUAUUCUAAGUCUUAAAGCCAAGAUCACACAAUACGAGAACCAAAAAAGCUCCGAGUUUUCACAAUCUCUAAGCGCUGAUGAGCUUCACCAACUCGAAGAGUUAACUGUCAAGAUUUCAGAAGUUGAAAAUCGAUACAACCUGGCUAUUACCGAAGUUACGAAGCUCGAAGCUCAAAUCGCACUUUUGGAGGAGAACAAUGCAAUUUAUAGACUUCAAUUGGAACAGAUUGAUGAGCAAGAUGCACCAAUUGAAAUUAAUGAGCAAAACUUCGAAUUGGAUGUAAUUCAAGAAGAGGUCCGCACCGUUGCCGAGCAGGUGGAACAGUGCUCUCUGACUCUUAAAGAACUUGAGAAAAAAGAAAACAAAAUCCAACAAGAGCUAGUUAAGCUCCAAAAAGAGCUCGAAAAGGCAGACAAACAACAAGCCUCCAGUCUUAAGAAGUUGGAAUCUGUUGGAAAGAAAGCGGAGAAAUUACUCUCCCAAAAAGCAAUAAUGAGCAGUAGAAGAGAGGAACUACAGGAGAAAAUUAGAGACCUAGGAGUUUUACCAGAAGAAGCAUUCCAACAAAGUACUUUCGAGGUGUUGUCCAUGGACAAGCUCUUGGAGAAUUUAACGGAAGUCAAUGUGGAAUUGAAGAACUAUGCCCAUAUCAAUAAAAAAGCUAUGGAUCAGUACAGCACCUUUGCUAGGGAGCGUGAAGAUCUUGUAAUGCGCAAAAGUGAGCUUGUGGAGUCGAAAGAGUCAAUUGAGAGUUUGGUUGAAUCUUUGAAGCAGCACAAAGAUGCUGCAAUCCAAAAAAGUUUCAAGGAGGUUUCCCAAAGUUUCAGUGAAAUAUUUGAGACUUUGGUCCCCAAUGGACGCGGGCAGUUGAAGAUGAUCAGCAAACAGGCUGGUGGAAAUCUGGAUAGCACUAUUGACGACUAUACCGGGGUCUCUAUUCUAGUAUCAUUUAAUUCGAAAAAUGACGAGCAACAGCACAUCGAGCAGUUGUCAGGUGGCCAGAAGUCUCUUUGUGCAAUUGCGCUUAUCUUGGCUAUUCAAAAGUGUGACCCAGCGCCUUUCUAUCUCUUUGACGAAAUAGAUGCCAAUUUGGACACACAAUACCGUACCGCGGUUGCUUCAAUGCUACACCGGUUGGCAGGAAAAGCGCAGUUUAUUUGUACUACCUUCAGACCAGAGAUGCUUCAAGUGGCCAACACGUUCUAUGGAGUCUCGUUCGAUAACAAGGUCAGCACAGUUCUGGAAAUUGGUCAGGAAGAUGCGCUUGUGUUUGUAGAAGGCCAGAGAUCCUAG